AUGAAAGCUUCCGAUAGAGACAAUGAACUAUUCUUUAGGUUAAUAAAAACCCAAAGAUCAUCUUCCUCCCAAUUCACUCAUACGCUGCAAACUCCAGAUAAAGAAGCUUCUACGCCGGAUGAUAUAAAUGAACUCUUUAAAGAACAUUUUGCAAAUUUAGCUAAAACAAAAGACAAUCCGUUCUUUGAUAAAGAACAUGACAACCUGGUCAAAUUAGACGCAGAAACAAUUGUAAAUUUAUGCGAAAAUGAUGACAUAACUGUUCAACCGGUUACCUCUUCUGAAAUUUCAAAACUUAUUUCACAAUUAAAAAAGCGGAAGUCUGGAGAUGUAGACGGUCUUACUUCAGAACAUCUUAUAUACGGAGGUAUAGCUCUAAUUGACUACCCGACAACCCUGAUCAAUAACAUUUUCUAUACAAAACAUGUACCUGCUGCCAUAAAAAAGGGACUUUUAACUCCAGUCCACAAAAAAGACAAGGAUCCAACAAUCCCAUCGAAUUAUAGAGGAAUAACUGUAAUCUCUAUCAUAUGCAAAGUUUUAGAACUCUGCUUAAGAGUUAGAAUCGAAGGUACCUUAAAUAAGCAACAAAAUAAACUACAGAAAGGUUUCACAAAAGGCGCUUCCUCAAUUAACAUUGCUCUUUUGAUCACCGAGGCAAUAAAUGAAGCAAAGGAUAAUAAUGAAAAACUAAUUUUAAUUACUCUGGAUGCAGAAAAAGCGUUUGAUGUGGUAGAUCACAUACAUCUUUUCUGGAAACUUUAUCACCAAGGAAUUACAGGCCCUACCUGGUUACUGAUCAGAGAGUUGUAUAAUAAUACAUCAACCCAAGUAAAAUCUCAAGGAUGUAUCUCGCAGGCUUUCACAAACGAGCAAGGAGUAAAGCAGGGAGGUAUUUUAUCUGCCAACUUUUAUAAAUCAUACAACAAGAAUAUCCUAGAUACACUUGAAGCUACAAAUAUUGGAUUUAAGAUCGGAACCAAUUACUUAGGUUGUCCAACAUGUGCAGACGAUAUUAUGCUAUGUGCAACUUCUGAACAGGAUGCUUCAACUCAACUCUGUAUAAUUGAAAGCUGUACAAAGAAUGAUAGAGUAAAAAUCAAUAGUAAAAAGACGGAAAUUUUACUGAUCAACAAAAAGAGCAAAGAAUUUAACCUUGAACUUUUCAACGAGAAAAUCAGCGAAAAACUAACCAUAAAACAUCUGGGUAUUGAAAGACAAGACCGAAAUUCCCCAAAUGUAGUCAACAGAAUAUCCACCGCUAGAGCUACCAUGUAUUCUCUCGUGGGAGCAGGCUUGCAUGGAAUAAAUGGAGUAAAUCCGUUGAUUUCAUAUAAACUGUGGAGAACAUUUGUCAUACCAAGAAUGCUAUAUGGUUUUGAAAUUUUGAAUUUUAAUAAGGCUGAUAUUUUGAAAUUAGAGAAUUUCCAGAAAAAUACAUUUAAACAUCUGCUAUCUCUGCCACAAAGAACUGCAGAUGCUGCAAUAUAUAUUUUGCUUGGAGCAGAAGCCAUUGAACAACUCAUCCACAAGGCAAUGAUUUCUCUAUUCCUUAGAAUUUCAAAAGAUACAAAUUCCAUUGAAUACAAAAUAGGAAUCAGACAAUUAGCAACAAAAGAUGAUAACUCCAACAGCUGGUAUAUCAAAGUGGAUCAUAUUCUCAAGGCAUAUGGAUUGCCCUCUGCGCAUGAGAUAGUCUUAAAUCCAAACAAAAACUGGAAAAGAUUGACCCAUGAUAUGAUAGACUCAACAUGGAAAACAAAAUGGUCUGAGAUAGCUAAAACAAAAUCAUCAUUAAAUCAUAUAGAAAUAAGCAAAUGGAAUUUCCGAAAUCCUAAUAAGUGUUGGAGCAGUGUCAGAGACAACAAGAGAGAUGUUGCUAAAGGCAUAAUUAAAUCCAGAAUACUCACUGGAACGUAUAAAACUCAAAGUAUAAACAACCGCUUUGAUUCAACAAAAUCUCCACAGUGCAAACUGUGUACAGAAGAAACGGAAGACUAUAAACAUUUUCUUAUGAACUGCAAAAGCCUUAACUCAGUCAGGAAAAUUCACCAUAUUAGACUCAAAAAUUUGUUGAUAGAAAAUCAAAUCAACUACAAUAACAUAAUUAAAUCUGAUGACGAUCUACUCCAAUUGUUAAUUGACAGUUCCACUAACCUUCGGAUACCAAAAGCUCAAUUAGGAGAUAUAGAUAGAAUAUGCAAAGACUGGGUAUUUGCAUUACACACCAAGAGAGCUGAAUUAUUGUGA